GGAAAAGCCGCCAAGAAAGCUGGCAAAGCCAGGCCAGUCGGAGACAAGAAGAAGGGAAGGAGGAGAAAGAGGAGGGAGACGUUCGGCGUCUACAUCUACAAAGUGCUCAAGCAGGUGCACCCCGACACCGGCGUCUCCAGCAAGGCCAUGGGCAUCAUGAACUCAUUUGUCAACGACAUCUUCGAGCGCAUCGCCGCCGAGGCUUCCCGUCUGGCUCACUACAACAAGCGCUCCACCAUCAGUAGCCGCGAGAUUCAGACCGCAGUCAGACUCCUGCUGCCGGGCGAGUUGGCCAAGCACGCCGUCAGCGAGGGCACCAAGGCCGUCACCAAGUACACCAGCUCCAAGUAGAUCGACCGC